UAAUACUUUUCACGUUUAAAAAUUAUAUUUCUUCUUUCUUAUUAUUUCUAUUUUCUCGAUAUUUUCUAACAUCAUACUCGCACUCUAAAGUUUAAAUACCCAAAGUCAGCCCCAAGUUCGAAGACGUCAAAUUCCAUCCCAAACCGCCAUUCAAAAUCCUCUCAUCAGUCAUCAGCCUUUCGGGUUUUCUUGGUUUUGCUCUGUUUAGACAGGUUAGAGGUUAAUGGGGUUUCGAGAAACUUACACGUUCAGUGCCUGGAAAUGGUUAGGCUUUGUUUCUGCCGUAUGGGUCCAGGCCAUUUCAGGCAAUAACUAUACAUUUUCAAACUACUCCGAUGCUCUCAAGACACUUAUGAGCCUUACCCAACUUGAGCUUAACAAUUUGUCUGUGGCUAAAGAUGUUGGUAAGGCUUUUGGUCUUUUGGCUGGCCUUGCCUCUGAUCGUUUGCCCACGCCGGUUAUUAUCCUUAUUGGUUCCAUUGAAGGAUUGAUUGGUUAUGGUGCUCAGUGGCUUGUCGUCAGUCAGAAAAUUCAACCCCUUCCUUACUGGCAGAUGUGCAUAUUCUUGUGCAUGGGAGGCAACAGCACAACAUGGAUGAACACAGCAGUGUUAGUAACAUGCAUCCGCAACUUCCGCCGCAACCGUGGCCCGGUCUCUGGCAUCUUAAAAGGCUACGUUGGUCUCAGCACCGCCAUCUUCACCGACCUCUGCUCUGCCCUCUUCUCCGAUGACCCUGCCACAUUCCUCAUCAUGCUCGCCGUUAUUCCCUUUGCUGUUUGCCUCACUGCCAUCUUUUUCCUCCGUGAAAUCCCCCAAUCCGCCUCCAUCGCUACAGAAAAUGAAGAAACUCGCUAUUUCGCAAUAUUUAACAUAGUUGCCGUUGUAGUCGCUGUUUAUCUUUUAGUUUACGAUUUCAUCGGUUCGACCAAUCAAGUUUUUUCGCUCGUUUUUGCUGUUAUACUUCUUAUUUUGUUAGCUAGUCCGUUGGCGGUUCCGGUUUAUUCUUUUGUAAAGAGUUGGCGCUUGGUCGGGUUCGAGCCUGACAUGGAGCGACAGGAACCAUUGCUGAAAGAGGAAACUAAGGCGACGGAUGUUGAGAAAACGGAGGCUGUUGCCGAGGAGACGGAAAUAGUGGCUGCUGCGGCUGUGGCUGUUGCUUCGGUGGAGGAAGAGGUGGCGACGGUGGAAAAGAAUAGGCCUGAGAUAGGAGAGGACCACACGAUAUUUGAGGCGAUGAGGACAUGGGACUUUUGGCUUUUGUUUGUGUCGUUUUUGUGUGGGGUCGGAACAGGUUUAGCGGUGAUGAAUAACAUGGCGCAGAUUGGCUUGGCCCUUGGCCACGCCGACGUUUCUAUAUUUGUGUCACUGACCAGUAUUUGGGGCUUUUUUGGACGGAUCUUUUCUGGUUCAGUUUCUGAGUAUUUUAUCAAGAAGGCUGGAACACCUAGGCCUCUUUGGAAUGCGGCAUCUCAGAUCCUGAUGGCAGUUGGGUUCCUUCUCAUGGCAUUAGCAAUGCCUGGUUGCCUUUACAUUGGUUCAAUUGUUGUUGGAAUCUGCUAUGGCGUCCGUCUAGCAGUGACAGUCCCUACUGCCUCGGAACUAUUUGGUCUUAAAUAUUAUGGUUUGCUCUAUAACAUUUUAAUCCUCAACCUUCCCAUCGGUUCUUUCCUCUUUUCUGGCCUGCUUGCUGGCUACCUAUAUGAUACACAGGCUACACCAACACCAGGAGGUGGGAAUACCUGUGUGGGAGCCCAUUGUUAUCGUCUUGUGUUUAUCAUAAUGGCUGUAGCCUCGGUUGUUGGAUUUGCUUUGGACGUUGUGCUGGCAAUUAGAUCCAAGAACGUUUAUACCAAGAUAUUCACCAGUCGGAAAUCGAAGAAAUCAUCGACGGCAUCUAAUGGCCAGCGAUAGAAAAUUCUGCAGCAAAGGGAAGGCUGGAAUGGUAGGAUUGAUGAGCUUUUGCUCAGAGAUAUCCUUGGUACACAGCAUUGGCUGGUUCCUCAUUUUAUAAGGCGAUCAAUGAUUCUAGAAAUCCAUUAGUAGGCUCUCUGGUCUGAAAUAAUUUCUAUAUCUGUAUUAAUAGUCUGAAUGGAUUAUUGUUAUUAUUUUUUUGUUUUUAAA